ACCGUUGCAACCCUUUUUGCUCACAUGGUCACUAUAUCUUCCACCAUUUUCAUAUACUUCUUCCAAUGCUCAAACUUCUUGUUCCAAUCAACACACGUUUUCCUUGUUCCGUGGUGGCACACACUAUAAUCUCAUGGAAAAGGAAAACAUGCUCAAAACGCCUCCAAAAGUUCCAAUUCAACCACAAACACCCGAACCUGAAUGCAAAACACCAGCUCCAGUUCAACAACAAGACCCCAAUGAUCAUAAUAACUCCUCAAAUGAAUUGCACAAACCUGUUACCCCAAAUCGUCUUAGAGUCCCCAAGGCUUUCAAAUACCCAGAAAGAUAUACAAGCCCAACUGAUUUGAUAAUGUCUCCAGUAACCAAAGGCCUUCUUGCCAGAACUAGAAGGGGUGGCGGUGCAGUGUUACCACCUGGUGGUAAAAAUCAACCAAAGAUUCUAGACAUGCCCUUGAAGGAUGUUGGUCCUAUCCAGAACAAGCUUCCAAUGCUGAUUGACGAGAAGAUCAACUCAGCUUGAGUGAGGGAUUCAAAGGACUUUUGCUCAACAUGAUUUUUUUUUGUUCAACAUGAUGAUAAUUCAUGUGCCAGUGGUUCAAAGGGAGUUUAAAGAUGAUGUAACGAUAUAUACAUAUCAGAGAGAGAGAGAGAGAGUUAUCUCUUUGUUCCCAUAUUAAAGAACUGUCAGUUCUGUGAUUAUAAGCUUGUGUCAGGUCUCUGAAGUUUGUGAUGCUCAAUUUUCUUCUCAAGAUAACCUUUUGUAGCAAUAAUGUGUCUGUGUUCUAUAAAUAAUUAGUGUUCAAUAAAUACAUGUUGC